AUGCUAAGCUAGGUAACAGCCUUAACUUUUGUAUACUUUAAAGAUUAGAAUGGAGAAUAGAAUACAGAAAGAUUUAUCUAAUAUUGUAUUGUAAUAGGUAUCCUGAAUUUUCUGGGUUUGUUUUUAAAUGCUUUUGAGUAGCAUCCAAGGACUAAACACAAUUCUUUUAGAAUCGUGGUGGAAUUGGGUAUUCCUGUAUUGGGACUAGUUCCAAUUGUGACCUAUUUUAUUAAUUACUUGGAAUUUUCGAUGAUUAGCAUAUUGAUAAUGAUAAGUAUGAUUUCAAUUUGGACGAUUGAAUGCCUCCUAUAUUAUACCUUAAGUGAGAAGGGAAUUCAAAGCAUGCUUAGUUUAUGUAUUACUACGAAUGCUUUAUUGAUUUUCGGAGAUAUUGCUCUGAGAGGCAGCUCAUAAAUUAGUACUAUAUUUGAUUACAGUUCAAUCAAUUUUUUGGUGUUAUGCGCUCAAUUUUCUUGGUCAGGGGAUUUAAGCACGAAGAAACCAAAUAGUUUGUUUAACAUAAUUUCAAGAUAAGACUGUUUUAGGUUGAUAGUGUACUUUCUAAUAUUCAAUAUUGUGAAUAAUACAAUCAGAACAAUUAAAGAGAAUCAGAAUGCAAUUUCCCCUACUCUGGCUAUUUUUUUACCAUACAUUUGGGCUACAAUUAAUUUUAAUAAAAGAAAAUACAGAUAAGCAUUUGGACUAUUCAUGUUAAGUAUAUUUAUAUAUUUUCCAAUGGAAAUAUAAAUAAAAUACAGCUAGCAAAGAUUGGAAUAAACAAUUUAGCUUUGA